ACUGUCGAAGCUGACCUGGUACCCGGGGAUGAAGUUAUCGCCCGGGGCUACGAGCGAAAUUAUAACAACCUUGAGGCCCAUGGGUUUCGGCCGAUCUGGGCAGGAACGUACCCCCAUCCUGAGAUUCCCGCUGAUAUUCUAGAGCACCUGGACGAGGAUGGAGGUGGUCGCGGGGCCGCUUUCAUCGGUCCUCUCCGGAGUUUCGCUUGGCUUGCGGGCCUAGAUGAACUCGUUGACGAAAUCGACAGCCGCGCGUAUGUUAUUGAGGAUGAAAUUAUCGAAAUGCCCAGAAGCGCAGAAUUUAUGUGGGCAAUUGUACCAUUCAUUGAGUUGAAAAUCGUCUCAUUCCGAACUGUGGAAAAGGUCUAUGGGGCGAGGCCCCGAUACCUUCGGGAAUCGGGGAUCCUACCAAAGACAUCCCCCGCUGGGGUCACGAACAAUCCAUCGCCAUUCCCCCUCGCCGAGAUCACGCCAAACAACCGAUUGCAAAGACCUUCGGGAAAGAUCAUGUGCAUGAGGCUUAAGUCUGUGAAGGACCGCCGCACGUUGGAGAUCAACAUCCGUCGCCUAGCUGAAGGCCAUCUAGCAUCCCGAAACCUCUGGUUCCGUGGCUUGAGCAUCUCUGCGUUGGAGUCCACGUUGACUUUCUUUAUCCCGCAAGCCAAUGAAAGCUACAGAGACAACGAAUUUGGGCCGGGCAUAUACGUGGCCGAUUCCUUGUCGGAGAGUUUGAGAUACGCCACGAGGGGCGCCGGGGCCAUCAUGGUCUUUAAAGACCCUGACCUGCAUAACUCCAAUGUUUGGCGGCUCAGUGAUGAUGAAUGGAAUGCUUGGACCUUCAGAUGGACAUCGCCCAACGUCACUGCCAACCGGGCCGCCCCGGCAGAGUAUACCACGGCCGAUUUUGUGCAGGGGGCUCUUAGCGAAAGAUAUGAGGAUCUGGGAGCUGCCAGGCAACGACCGCGGACCCAGUCUCAAGACACCCAGCUCGUUGCAGUCAGCUAUAAAGGCUGCCAAAUCUUGUCCGAUUCUCUGCACAUGAUUAUCUUU